GAGCACUCCUCUGAACAAGUUCCUGAGGAAGUUCUUUCAGCAGGGACGUGUUCUUUGGGGGCACACUUUGGAUGAUUUUCAGGACACUGAAUUACCAACAGCAGCUGUGUUGAGAGCCAUAACUAGUGCAAAAUGUAAACUAAUGGGUGGAAUCAAUUUUGAGGAUGGCAUCAAACAGGACCCAAGGAGGGUAAUCAUCGAUCAAAAUAUGAUUGCCUUGUGGUGUGUAAGAGCAAGUCUUCUUGUCAAGCCACAAGGAGAAUUAGCAAGUGAUUUGAUUGCAAAUCAGCUAGUAUUGGGGCACAAUGUGCAAAUGCCCUGUUGUGGACUAAAGAUCAAAUUCAGUGAAAUCCUUGAACCACUUAUCAGCUUCAUUCAAGAAGGGUUGGUGGAACCUGGUCCAAAAGGGGAGCUGACUGUUCAGAUCUUGCUUACAUUGGCUAUCCAUCAAAAACAAGAAGGCUCUCCAGACUUUAUGUACAUGUUAAUGUGUCCCUUGACUGUAAAGGAGUAUCUGUCAGCACUGAUGGUGGACCUCAGCAGUCUGGAAGGCCAGAUCAGCUCUGAAAACUUCAAUGGCCUUGUUGUUUUUCACACAUUUCAUUGCUAUAGAACUGCAAUAGACCAUGGGAUUCCAGUUCUACUUGCCAAUGGCAAGUUUACAUACAUUAUUAUACAAAUCCACAACUACAAUUUAAGUGAUCCCAAUAUAAUGUUCACAAUCUCAGCUACAAAAGAGGUGAGAUCAAAAACUAAGCAGAGAAUUCAAGGUGACAAGCAAAAGAAAUCCAAACAUCAAGCUCAGUUAGAACAAGCUCUUGUAAAUGAAGACAUUGUAAUUGCAAAGAGCUGGGCAGAUCAUCAGCUGAUUGUGGGAUUGUUUGGCAUCUCCAUGUUGACAGUAAUAGCAAACAUAAAUUAUUGA